AUGGAUGAGGCUGAGACAGCCUCAUCCUACAGCGACUCAGUCACCAGUGUUCCCACAAACCGGCUGCAGCUCCACAUGAUGCAUCGUCGGCGUCUGUACAAGCAAUACGCGAUGGACCUGUCUAUGUGGGCCGAUACACACUCGUACUAUCAACUCAUGAUGUGGUGCCAUGAUCACCAUGUUUUCGUGCACCCUACUGUGGAAAUGGUUCGACACCGCAGCGCGUUUCGAGAGCACGUUUUUGAGGUGAAGGAGGACGUGGACGCGUUCACCCCUCUUCUUGCGAUCCCAGAAGACUUGAUCAUUGGCUUCAAGGACGCAAACACGGAGUCGAGCGACCCAUCAGCGAGCACCGACGACCGCAACAACCUCUAUGACGCCAAGCGCGAGGCGGAAUUUCACAAGCUGAACACCGGCGAGAACAGCAAUGCUGACAUCUGCCAGUUUUUCUUUGCCUCUCUCGGGAUGAUCGUCUCCGACCUUAUCACGGCCAAGAGCAGCCCACUAACGGAUCCUCGACACUUGUUCGCAGAACUGCUGAGUAAAGUACCGACGCUGCAAAACGCGCCAUACUUUGACGAGGAAGUGGUCUUCGACUCUAAUGAAACCUGCCUUGCCGAUGUGCUGCUGCAGAUGAUCCGCAACUACAUCAACGGCGGCCCUCUUGUGAACAAAGUACCGUUGCAUGAGCUACGCUGGGCUGUCAGCGUGUCCCUGUCGCACUCCACGCCGCUAUCGAUCGGGGCUGUGCGGUCUAUCGGUAUUGUCCCGGUGGUUCACCUCUUCCCACAUGGCGGAACAGCGACAAAUGCGUACGUGGUCGCACGAACCUCGCGUGACAAGUCUGCAGAGAAGAUGGCCAUCUUCUUCAGAGAGAAAUUCGGGUAUGACUUCCAGGGACAGGCGAACGCCAAGUGGAUCUAUGUCGUCCCGGAGCGGCCACUGAAGGCAGGUGAGGCGAUUAACUUACAAGUCAUGGCGCCAGUUUGCGAAAAGGACAGCGAGGCCGAGCAGAUGUGGCGGCUGUCGUGCGGGACAGUGCCGGAGUCGUACAUGUCGAGUGCACAAGCCUCUGCACGGCAGGAGGCCGCGACACGCUUCAUUGUUGAGCAGGGCGAAGCUCUGUGGAAGGCGUCGAGGGCGAAGAGACUGCUAUAG